AUGGAGAUUUACGUUGGUACACCUCCUACAAAGCAGAUGGUGUCCUUAGACACCGGCUCUAGCAUGUCAUGGAUUCAGUGCCUCCCAUGUGAGCAUUGUUUCAAACAAAAUCAACUCAUAUUUAAUUCCAAUCGGUCAUCUUCAUAUCAAGUAUUGAGAUGUGAUUCCAGUGAGUGUCUGAAACUAGGAAGUAAACGGGAUUGUACUCGAUCCAAUGAAAAAUGUAAAUAUCGUCUAUCCUACGAUGACAAGGCAGGAAGCUCUGGGGAACUAGCCAAGGAAACUUAUACAGUAGGAGACACUUCCAUCCCGAACAUGGCUCACGGGUGCGGGCAUAAAAAUAGAGGGAAUUUUAGUGAGCAAAGCACCGGUAUGAUCGGGCUUGCAAAUGGGCCAAUCUCAUUCUUUGGUCAGACUCGAUAUUUAACUGGUGGAAAGUUUUCAUAUUGUCUAGUAUCUCAGAUUGGUUCUAACCAAAAUGCAAGGAGCAGGAUUAGCUUCGGCAAAAAUGCGGUUGUCUCUGGGCCUGGAGUGAUAUCCACCCCGUUGUCAAAGAAGAAAGGCAGUUCAUUCUAUUUUCUCACAUUGAAAUCAAUCAGCGUCCGGAAUAUUAUCAUUCCAUUCCCCGUUCGAAAGAGUAUAAUUCCAUUCAUAAGACAACCUGGUAACAUCAUGAUAGACUCGGGCACUACUAUAAACUAUUUUCCCUCGGACGUGUUACGAAAUUUGAAAACUGCACUAAUACGUGUAAUUGGUAAAACACCAUUUAAUAUUGCUGAUGAACUUUGCUAUGAAAUUAACACCGAUAUUCCUAAUAUCACCUUCCAUUUUGCUAGUCACGCUAAUAUAACUUUGUCAAAGAUGAACACUUUUACAGUAUACGGAAAUGCGUUGUGUCUGGAUAUGAAACAAGAUGAUAGUAUAUCCAUAUUUGGAAACCGAUCACAAAUGAACUUCUUGGUGGGAUAUGAUAUUCCGAGAAAGAAGAUGGAAGAAACCACAGUUACUGAGUUUCCUAGUUGGAUUUCUUGGAAAAGUGCCCUCUGCCUGAAGAAGAUUGUUAAGAAGUUCGAGGAUAUGGAUCUUUUGGAGAGGGUUUACAAUACCCAGUUCAUAUCAUUAUUCACAGCCCCAAUUUUGCAGUUCUCAGGAACAAUAGUACAUCAUAUGUUGUUGAGGAGGGUAAGCUCAAACUCCAAGGAGAUAAAUUUCAUGGUGAAUGGGCAUGAACUUAUAUUUGGUAUGAAGGAGUAUGCGUUGGUUACAGGCAUGUACUUCGGUAGUUUUCCUGAGUUGAACGAAGAGAAAUUCCGAGGACCUAGCGUUUCGCUAAGUACUUCGCUUGAAGAUAACCUUUGA